CGGUAGACAUUCGCUAAUCAGACGUUACAUUGUCGCUCUCAGUUUCGCCCGUGUACACGUUUUGUGGAACAUGGGGACUGGCUGCCGAAUUUGGAUUUAUGCGAACAUAUGGAUUUUACUGUCGAUUUGCCGAGUAGACAGUUCAGCUUUCUCAGAGGAUAGCUUUUCCCACAAAGAGAUCUCAAUUCCAAAACUCAUAUCCCAAAACUCAACGAACGUUCCAUACAAUCACAUCGUUAAUCCACCGAGAACGUUGACGCUUUUAUUCAAAUGGCGGGAAAACAUUCUACGCAUGCGACUAGAACAGCAUGCGCUGUUUCCCAAGGAUGCGAUGGCAGAGUGGUGGACGGGCGGGAACCUUACGGAAGUUGAACUGCUGAUGGACGACUCUGUCCACUACCAAGGCCAUGUGAUAGGCGGGAGAUUUGGCUUCGUUGCGCUCGACUAUGCCUAUGGUGGCUUUACGGGUUACAUCCAGCUGGAUGACGAGGGGGUCACAGUUGAGCCCAACAACCAAACGGGGUCGGCACCAGGCUCUCACGUGCUGACUAGCACCGGGCGAACACCGCCCAUAAACAACACCAUGACUAGCAGGAGGAGGCGGCGGCGAGCGGCCCCAGGACAGUUCACGAAGUACCUGGAGGUGCUGUUGGUAGCAGACACGUCUGUGGUGGAAUUCCUAGGCCAGGACAGAGUGAAACAGUACCUCCUUACCCUUAUGAACAUUGCAAACGAGGUUUAUCAUGACAGCACACUGGGUGUCAGAAUCGAGGUAGUGACGGUGAAAAUCAUGUUUAUGGACAAAGAAUCGGAGCGGUCGGUGGUGGUGUCGAGCGAGCCACAGCGGACCGUGGACCGGUUUUGUCACUGGGUGAGUGCCCAGGCCCACCGAAACGGUGGCACCGGCUCCCACCACGACAUUGCCGUCCUCCUUUCCCGCAGCAAGUUUGGACCCGCUGGGUACGCGCCCAUCACUGGUCUGUGCGUACCGAUGAGAAACUGUGCCCUGGUCAAGGAUGACGGAUUCACCAGCGCGUUCGUCAUCGCUCAUGAGAUGGCCCACAUAUUCGGUUUGAUGCAUGACGGGCACGGGAACAGGUGUCAUGGUCGGGAGUUUACAACGAGCAUCAUGGCGACCAUUGUCCAGUCCUCCUUCAACAGUUUCUGGUGGUCGCACUGCAGCCGCACAAAGAUGGAGGAGGUGAUAGGAUAUCUUCACUGCCUGAACAACAACCCGUACACGGUUGAGGAGGGUAACAUUCCACAGCCUUUGGGGAAGGGAUGGUCCCUGGAUGAACAAUGCAGGGUCGAAUUUGGUGACAGAGCAAAGCACUGCCCAUAUUUUGGUAUGAUGGACCCGUGCGCGCAGAUGUGGUGUGACGACGGAACCCGGCGCUACUCGUGUAAGACCAAGAACGUCGUGGCCUUGGACGGAACGCAGUGUGGAACACAAUCGCAGUACUACUGCAUGGCGGGUGUGUGUGGUUACCAUGGGGAACAAGCGCCUAUCCCGGGCGGCUGGAGUGACUGGUCGCCCUGGUCCGAGUGUUCCGCAAACUGCAACUUCGGUUUCAAGCGACGCUCCAGGGUCUGUGAUGACCCAAAACCAGAUUACGGAGGUGCCGACUGUGAUGGCGAAAGCGAGAAUACGGACCUAUGUAUAGCUGAGGAGUGCACGAAUUACCUGGAUCUGCGGGCGGACCAGUGUGCCACCAUGAACUCUGCUGAGCUCUCAUGGCGGCCGUACCAGCUAGACAAAGCGUCGGACCGAUGCAAGUUAACGUGUGUGGCUGACGGAACGACUAACGUGGUGACGUUUGACGUAUUCGUGGAAAACGGCACGCCGUGUUCGUACGACGACCCGGGGGAGAUCUGUCUGGACGGACAGUGUGAGCGGGUAGGAUGUGACGGUGUUCGGGGAUCUGAUGCCCGGCCGGACCGUUGCGGGGUGUGCCGGGGGGACGGGACUUCAUGCAAGACUGUCUCAGGCGUCUUCAAGAAGAAGUUCCAGUACAGUGCAGCGGGAGAAGGCCACUAUGAAAAGGUGCUGGUGUUACCUGAUGGAGCGCGUGAUAUAACGAUAAAGGAAACUGCAACACUGCCGCACUUUAUAUCCCUGCAAGACACACUCUACCACCAGCAAGUGUUGAACGGUGAUGGCCAGCAGGGGACGUCCCGGAACUUCGCCAUGGAGGGGGCGUGGUUCAAGUACAUCAACAACCGCGGUCACGAGAAGCUGCACACCAAUGGUCCCAUACACAGAGAUAUCAACCUCAUGGUGCACCCUAUGGACUGGCAGGUGGCGGCGGGGCUGGAGUACAACUAUACUGUGGAUAAUGAGGACUACACACUCGAGAGGAACACGUACACUUGGAAAUUCGAGGACUGGACGCCUUGCAGCGUCUCAUGCGGAAAAGGUAUGCAGCACAUCGUGUACGGGUGUUACGACCGGACCAGCGACGAGAAGGUGGCGGAGGAGAAGUGCCGCUUCCUUGAGUCCAAGGACGCAAAGGAGUACGCCUGUGAGAUGGUCGCCUGUGAGGCACUCAAUUACCUGUAUCGGAUGCUGCGCGAGUACAGCACGUGUUCGGCGACGUGCGGCACGGCGGGUGUCCGCUACCAGCUCUACGAAUGUGAGAUGCUCCAGGACGGCACCAAGGUCGACGACAAGUUUUGCAAGCAUAUACCCGAACCCAUAUUCAACGAGCCAUGUAACCGGAUAUCAUGUACCCAGAAGACGUUCCGCUGGGAGGUGACGUCCACUUGGAGCUCGUGUUCACAAACGUGCGGGGAUGCAGGCACCCAAUACCAGCUGUUCCACUGUGUGAGAGAGGGCGAGGAAGGGAACACAGGCAACAGGGUCAGUGACCUGUACUGCUCCGACAUUAAGAGCCCGAAGGAGACUAGGCCCUGCCACAGAGUACCAUGUGUGUCAUACAAGUGGGAAUCUACCAACGACUGGCUAAAAUGUAAUGAAACUUGCGGUACUUAUGGUAUUCAGCAUAGAACAAUGGAUUGCAUAAAGUACCUAGGUGAGGAAAGAAAGUCUGCUGUUGCAGACUGGUAUUGCAGUGCGGUGAAUAAGGUUCCAGAAGGGAGGGAAUGCAAUAGAAGGGACUGUUUCUCGGUGAGAUGGAUCGUAACCGAUCAGUGGACCUCGUGCACGGAAACCUGCGGCACUGGCGGGGUACGUGAGAAGGUGGUUAUCUGUAAAAAUGUCACCUACGAUGACCGGGAGAGGGCCCUACCGCCAAGGUUCUGCAUGGGCAAAAACAAACCGUUGGUCAGUGAAACAUGUAACCAAAGCCCAUGUGAAACGUUUAGAUGGAAACCAACUGACGAGUGGACUGUUUGUUCCAAACCUUGUGGCGAACUUGGAGAACAAGAAAGAAUACACAGGUGCUUUUCAGUACUAGACGAGGAAGAUGUGCCCGAUGAAAAUUGUAAUGAUUUACUUUAUGAAGUUAACACUCGAGUUUGCAAUAGAUUUCCAUGCCAUACGUUUGAAUGGCGUCCAAGUGAAAAAUGGAAUCCACCGUGUAGAAAAUCUUGCACCGAGAAAAGCGUCGACGCCGCUGAAAAGCAAGUACAGGAAUUCCAGUGUCUCCAAAUCUAUUCAGAGGGACAAACUGAGGUGACAGACGCCCACUUCUGUGAAGAAUUUGAGAGACCUUACGUGGAUAGAAAAUGUCCGGUGAUACAUUGUGACAGCUAUGAAUGGCGGCUGACCGAGUGGAGCGAGUGUAACGCGACAUGUGGAGUUCCGGGGACGGAAAUAAGAGUAGCCGUGUGCAUGGUGACCAACGAGGAUGAUGGUGACCAGAUUGUCAGCUCUGGUAUGUGUCAAGGUCAGACGAAACCACCCGACCAGAGAAGGCCAUGUUCAUUUGGGUCGUGCUUCAGGUACAUGCCAAUGGAAGAUGAUGGUGACGAUGCGUGGUCGGUUUGUUCGAUGACGUGCGGGGUGGGCAUCCAACUGCUUGAACAGCGGUGUGUUAUGGACGAUGGAGGCAACGUCACCGCUGCGGGAGAGGAGAGCUGCGAGAAAGGCGGGGUGAAGAAAACAACGAGGUCGUGCGACGCCGGGCCUUGUGGAUUUUUGGAAUGGGGCGCUGGACCUUGGUCGAUGUGUUCCCGCACGUGCGGACGAGGUAAGCAGAUCCGGCAGGUGUACUGCGGGAUCCCCGGGGAUGACACUGACCGCAGCAGGUGUCCAGGGAAGGUUCCGGAGGAGUACAGGACCUGCAACGACAAGGAUUGCCCUGUGGAGAACGCGAACGCAGAGUGUACGGACAGCCGGAAGUUAUUCUGUUCCCGAGCCACACGGCGCUACUGCCGUCACCAGACAUACUUACGAGUCUGCUGCAAAACUUGCACCGAAAUGAUCGGCGAAGAAAACAAGGCCCGACGGCGGAGACGGUAUCGGAGCCGAUACUGAAAGCAUGUUAAAACAACGCUAGGCUGAUCAAAUCAAUCAUACUCGUUAACUAGAAUAUGUGAACGAUGACACGCAUGUUAGAACUGAUUCUAGGAUGUUUGAGGGUGGUUCCUGUUUCCGUCUGCACAACAACUCCCAUAUCGGACCGGUAACAAGAAGGCGGAGCUUUACCGUUUAUUAUCAGCGUGUCGAUACACUUCAAAACGUGUGUGAACAAAAUCUGUUCUCUAUAGGCAUUGUUGUUUUUGUUGUUGUUUACCUUCAAAAGAAGAUAUGUACACUACUUCAAUGAGGUUGAUGUAACCAUUGCUUUUGCGUAUACAACUGUAUAAAUUUGCUUUAAUUAAGGUACAAAGCCUUCUGUCAUGUUUAUUAUUUUAUCUAUAGGGUUGUUUUCUGUCUGCAUUCAAUCUUUCAUUUGACUAGUCCAUUGGGGUUCUUAAAGUGACACUCUUAUUCAAUAUCGAUACAUACACAUGUAUAAAAAAACGUGCAUUUUGAGUGAUAAACCUUUAACUACUUACUAAAAAAUGCAUUUAUGGAAAAUAUUAAUUACAGAUAACAAGAUUUUAGCCGUGUAUUUAUAAUAGCUGAGAACGCAAAAAUAUUGACUGUGAUCUACUAUAAUCUCGUAAGGUAGUAAAACCGUGUUUUCUUAAUCUUUUUGAAAUUAAACUUGGUAUCUUUUAACAUGUAUUCAUAUUUUUUGGUGUAUUAAAACAAUUGUAUUAAUUGUGGUAAAUCUUAUUUGGGAGUAAUAGUGCAUCUUUAAAUUUGCAAUUGGCCAUUUCACUUGCCCCGUGCUUCGGGCAAGUGGGUUAUCGUGAAGACUUGUUUAUUUGUAUGUACAAAUUGUAAGUUGUAAAUUUUAAACUAUGUUGCUAUAGUCGUUUUUCAUUCUAUUGGAGGAGUGUCUGUCAGUUUAAACUGCUGUCUUGCAGUUUUCUUAAAUAGUUAAAGGUAUGUUAAUUGGAACAAUACGCGUCAAUUAGUUUUGUAAAUAAUUUGUAUUUCAUUAUAUUUCCACAUGUUUGAUCUUGAAGCAGACGGUGAGACCGCCUGGUCACGUCAACCAUCUUUGACAUGUCGCUCUAACAAUAGUUACAGCGCAUCGUUAUGUUUGUCCUAGGGCGCGGGAAAUGAACAAGUGCUUAUAGGUUAAGCAAAUGUUUUUGUAAUCAAAUGUUAUGUUUGAAUUCAUGCCUCACUAACGUUCUGUCUGUUAAAUGUGUAGUCUGUGCAGUUGUUAUCAGAUGCUGCCUGUAUUUUCUUUUUUUCUGUGUAGGAGAAACAUUUUACAUGACCCACCCUUCAUAUUGUAAUAUAUUGUGGUACGUGGUCAACGUUCAAUUUUUAGCCGUUUCCUUAAACAUUCAAAAUCGUAAUAAACUUUUGGAUAAACUCUU